AUGGACCUCCCCACUAUCAAUAGUACGACAAGUAUUUCCGAUAAUGUGGAUUUAAAAAACUACUAUGAGGACUUACUAUUCAAGAAUAACAGUGGAAAAUCGUUAUCAGAUUUACCCCGUAAAUUAAAUGAUAACUCUGAUAACACAAGAAAUGAUGUUGUCGAUCCGCUUGCUGGCUUGAAUAGUUUAAGAAACUCAAUAAAAAGUACAGGAAGUGGUAUGGAAAACAGAAGGACUUUUGAUGAUAUUGACUUCAUGAAUAGGUUUCCGUAUCCACCACCAGUACCACAGCAACAACAGCAACAACAGCAACAAUUUUCGCACCAAAAUGGAUUCAUUCAAGAGCAACCUUCUAAUAAUUUAACUUCCUUUCAAAUGUCAUCUUCUAAUUCAGAGCCAAUGUCUACGCAGUCUGCUUCGAUCAAUAACAAUAAUUCGAAUUUCACUCAAAUGGCCACUUAUCAAGCUCAACAACGGUUGUUUCCACAAUUCAAUCCGAAUUUAUUUCAAACAAGUGGAAAUGAAAUAAUGGAAAAUCGAAGGGGUUUGGACUAUAUGCCUUUAGUGAAUAAAACGAACAUAGGCUUUGAUUCAAUCAAUGGUAAUAAUUUUGCUGCUUCAUCCCAUAGUGCUGGCAAUCCAUCCAAUAUUAGCAGCCAACAGCAAUUUCCAACACAUUGGCAACAAUCAUCUCAUCCUGAAGCUACUAUCAGGAGAUCCUCUUAUAUAUCAGAUACGCUAAUCAAUCAUCAAAUGCCUGGAGUUCAGCAGAAGCAAGCGUCACAACUGCAGCAGCAACAGUCUCAAGGUUUCAAUUUUUUCAACAGCAGAUUCAACUACGAUAACUUGAAUUCAAGUCAUUUGGCCAUGAAUGGUGGGACCGAUUUUGGAAAUGGUGUACAAUCUCCGCAUUCAUAUAAUAAUGACGCUAAUAAUAGCAAUAUCAGCAAUAGCAGCAAUAUUAAUAGUCAAAAUGUGGCUCCAAUCCAACAGUUUCGCCGAAACACACAACCAGUGGCAAGCUUCAAUCCGAACCCCUCCACCUUUCAACAACAAUCAAGGAACGCUAAUACAGCCAAUAUUUUCAACAGUGAACGUAUUGAAGAUGUUCACCUUGCUGAGCUGCAAAGAAGCAGCUCUGUCCCCUCUUCUACAAAUUCACAUAACCCUCACAACAAAGACUCCAAUGAAGAAAGUGUAGCAUUGGACAAUGGUUUAGUCUUAAUUCAGGGGAAACACUUGACUUCAUCCAAGACCUUACAUGACUUAUAUCAGGAUUGUGGUAGCGGUUAUUUUGCUAGCUCCGCAGUUUUUGAGUUUACAGAUAAUAUUAAGAAAAUGAUGAAGUUGCACGACUCUAACGAAAGUUAUGAUGGUAAAAAUAUGAGUUUAAUAGAUGAAGAAGGUAACACGUAUCAAUCCUUAUUGAAUUUUUUGGGUGUUUUGCGAAGCUGUAACUUGAAUUACAUUAAUGAUCCAGAUUCGAAUAACGGGAUUAUUUCCAAUAAUGGAAACAACAAGAAUAGAAGAAAGGGGUCUUUUACAACAGAUUCCUCAUCUAGAAAUAACAAUAACUCUUUUCUAGCUUAUACACCAUUAGUAUUGGUCGCGUUGAAAAAUGGGAAACUAGAAUUACUAUCCACACCGCAAGCUACCAAUUUGUUAAUGAAAAGAGGUGACUUGGUUAUUAUUGAUGGUGAUCGUGGAAGGGACUUAGUAUUGGUUGUUGAACCGUGUGUCGAUCUGAAUUUGGCGUUAUUUAUUAAUUUUCUGAAAAAGAAAAUUCACUUUGAUUCUUUGAUUACAAGUGAACCGCAGCACUAUCCAAAUGAAGAAUUUAUUCAAAUGUUGAUCGAGUCAAAAAAAGGCCAAAAAAAAAAAUUAAACCCCAAAUUGUAUGAUGUUGUUGAGCUAACUGAAUUGAUCAUACCAUCUAAGCAAGUUUUAAGGUUUGCUACACCAUGGGAAGUAACAACGAAUUUACACAAUAAAUUCGAGGAUGAAUUAAAGGCUUUACAUAUUGCUCAAAGUAAAUUAAAAGCUUUGAAUGAUAAUUCACGAUCCCAUAAUACAAAUGAUGGUUCUUCUAAUCAUUUUUCAGGUACUGCAAAUUAUUCUAAACCCGAAUUGAAUAUUAAGAUUCUAAACGCGGAAUUCCAAUUUGAUAGAAAGAAAUUAACAUUUUACUAUGUUUGCGAGGAGAGAAAUGACUUUAGAGAUUUGAUAAAGGAGUUGUUCAAAUAUUAUAAAACUAGGAUUUGGUUGUGUGCCAUACCAAAUAACUUGUCUAUUGAUUCUAAGUACUAUGACAAUCAACAAAAAGAACUGAAAUUAUAUCAAGAAAUAGUAAAGAAUUACAAUACUGAAGAUUUGGUUAACGUUAAUGAGUUUUCACAAAACAGAACAAAUAAUAAGAUUAACUUUGCACCUCCUCUAAACGAAAUUGAACUCGACAACUUUCAGAUUGCUGUUUACAAGGAAUUAGUCCAUGAAUUAUUCCAUUAA